UAGAAUAAUAGUUAGUAGGCCAGAAAUCCAGAGUAUGAAAAUCAUAUACUUCUAUUUAGCCCGAUUUGCCGGCCCGAAUUUUUGCCAUUAACGCGUAGUUUCUUCUUUCCCUUUUCUCUUUCAAUCUAAAACAACUGUACUCUCUUUCUCUCUCCUCUUUUUUUCUGUCUGAAACUUCCAACUAUCUCCAUUAUUGAAUAUUUCAGCACAAAAAUCAGCUGACUCUUUCUGUAUCAUUUCAACUUUUCUUCUUCUUUUUAUCCAUUAACACUUAUAAUCUUCGAUCUACUUCUUUUAAUCCCACAUCUUUUCAUUUUUCAGAGUUUCUUUUUUUGGAUUAUAUCUCAAUCUUAUGCUAAUCCCACAUCUUUUCAUUUUUCAAAGUUGAGUUUUUUCUAGAUUAGUUCUGAAUUUUAUGCUAAACCCACAUCUUUUUAUUUUUCAAAGUUGAGUUCUUUUAGAUUAAUUGUCAAUUUUAUGCUGAAAUUGGUAAAUCCCACUUGAGAUCACCAUCUGGGUAUUGAUAAAAAGGGGAAAAAAAUGGGUAUUUGUGCAAGCAAAAACAAAGAUUCAAAAGUAGAGCAAAAUGGGUAUAGAGCAGGAAAUGAAUACAAUCAGCAACCAAAAGCACCGGUUCAGCAGCAGCAACCGCAGCAAGAGCAGCAGCAGUAUGUUCCUAGGCAAAACCCUGAGCCGAACCCGGUUUCGCAACCGGGUUCAAAAGGAGUUGCAGCAAAAGGGGGUCAAAGAAAUGAUCCAAACACAAUCUUAGGAAAACCCUUUGAAGAUGUGAAGAUGCACUACACAUUGGGGAAAGAAUUGGGGAGGGGUCAAUUUGGUGUAACAUAUCUUUGUGUUGAUAAAACAAGUGGUCAACAAUAUGCUUGCAAGUCAAUCUCUAAGAAGAAAUUGGUAACAAGAGCUGAUAAAGAGGAUAUGAAGAGAGAGAUUCAGAUCAUGCAACAUAUGAGUGGUCAACCUAAUAUUGUUGAAUUUAAGGGUGCUUAUGAAGAUAAAACUUCUGUUAAUCUUGUUAUGGAGUUGUGUGCUGGUGGGGAAUUGUUUGAUAGGAUUAUUGCUAAAGGUCAUUACAGUGAGAAAGCUGCUGCUACUAUGUUGAGUCAGAUUGUUAAUGUUGUUCAUGUUUGUCACUUUAUGGGGGUUAUGCAUAGGGAUUUGAAGCCUGAGAAUUUUUUACUUGCUAAUAAGGAUGAGAAUGCUGCUUUGAAAGCUACUGAUUUUGGACUCUCUGUCUUCAUUGAAGAAGGUAAAGUCUAUCGGGAUAUAGUAGGCAGUGCUUACUAUGUUGCUCCAGAGGUAUUACGUCGUAGGUAUGGGAAGGAGAUUGACAUUUGGAGUGCUGGGGUCAUGUUGUACAUUUUACUUAGCGGUGUUCCUCCAUUUUGGGCUGAAACGGAGAAAGGGAUAUUCGAUGCUAUAUUGCAAGGACAUAUUGAUUUUGAAAGCAAGCCUUGGCCAUCAAUCUCAAAUGGUGCCAAGGACCUAGUGAAGAAGAUGCUGACACAGGAUCCCAAGAAGCGAAUCACUGCUGCCCAAGUUCUUGAUCAUCCGUGGCUCAGAGAUGGUGAAGCAUCAGACAAGCCAAUAGAUAGUGCUGUUCUAUCCAGGAUGAAACAAUUCAGAGUCAUGAAUAAGCUCAAACAGCUUGCACUGAAGGUCAUUGCUGAGAACCUUCCUGAAGAAGAGAUCCAAGGGCUGAAACAGAUGUUUGCAAACAUGGACACUGACGGCAGUGGAUCAAUCACCUAUGAAGAACUGAAGGAGGGAUUGGCUCGACUUGGAUCAAAGCUUUCAGAGACUGAAGUGAAGGCACUGAUGGAUGCUGCUGAUCAAGAUGGAAGUGGAUCAAUAGAUUAUAUUGAGUUCAUCACAGUCACAAUGCAUAGGUACAGACUGGAGAGAGAUGACCAACUUUACAAAGCAUUCCAAUAUUUUGACAAAGAUAAUAGUGGGUUCAUCACAACAGAUGAGCUAGAAGCAGCAAUGAGGGAAUAUGGGAUUGCUGAUGAGAAUUGCAUCAAAGAUAUAUUGAUGGAAGUAGACACUGAUAAUGAUGGAAGAAUAAAUUUUGAAGAGUUUGUUGCAAUGAUGAGAAGUGGAACUCAGAAUCCAGGUGCCAAGCUCUUUUGAUGUGCUUAUUACCCUGCAUAAUCAUACCAGCUCUCUACUACGAGGUAAUGAUCAAGGAAUAUUAGGAACACAGACUUGUUUGUUACAGACAGACUAGUUCUCCCUAGAUCAAAUGACUCAGUCGAAUGAGACCCAUCAUUGCGACAUGGUCGGCAGUUGAGUUUUUUUGUAUAAAGUUUGUGCAUACACAAUAUCGCUUGGGAGUGAAUUUUUUCAUAUUUGAGUUGGUACAUUUCCGGACAUGUUUGAAGAUUUCUGUAUUGCACUCGGAGAAACCAAUAGCUCUCACACUUAUGUUCUUUUAUUUUUCUCGCUGUUGGGAUAUAAUAUGUGUUGUCUACAGAACCUCUUAAGAGGAUCCCUUUGUAAGCUAUUAUUUGUUCAUGAAAUGUUGUAUCUUCUCGGCAUUCAUUGCCUGUUUGUGACUCGGGAGCAACUCCUGAUAUAGUAAUGGUAACAAUGUAUCAUUCCCAUA